ACAGGAUCGUUCCAGCUCCUUUGCCUUGGUUGGAUCCCAUCUCCGGUCCAAAUCGAAAGAAACGAAUUUCCUCCUCCUUCCGAACUGAUCAAAGUGGUGGUGAGGUCUCUGAGACUCGCACGACCAGGGCUCCGGCCGACGGCCAUGACGGUCCGCCGCGGAUUCUUCCUGCCCGUACUCCUCGCCCUCCUGCUCCUCGCCGGACCCGGACGCGCGGCGGCCGACGACGCCUCCAGGAGCUUCCGUGGCAACGCCGCCUCCCCCGGCUGCUCCAACAAGUUCCAGCUGGUCAAGGUGAAGAAUUGGGUGAACGGAAGUGAAGGCACCACUCUUGUUGGACUAAGCGCAGCAUUUGGAGCAUCCUUGCCCGCAACUGUCAAUGAAGCUCGAAAGGAGUUCUCUGUCCUCACGGAUCCUCUUGACUGCUGCUCUAAUGUGACUACUAAGUUAACAAAUUCUAUUGCUAUUGCAACACACGGAGGAUGUCCUUUCACUUCCAAAGCAGAAAAUGCACAGGCAGCUGGUGCAGCUGGUUUACUGGUUAUAAAUGACAGUGAAGAGCUUUAUGCGAUGGUUUGCAAUGAGAAUGACACUUCGAUUAAUGUGACGAUCCCUGUCCUAAUGAUACCACAGUCAGCAGGGAAGAAUCUGAAGGAUUUGUUGGAUCAGGGAGCAAGGGUUGAGCUUCAGUUGUAUUCGCCAAUUCGACCAGUUGUGGAACUUUCAGCAGGCUUCUUAUUGAUAAUGGCUGUAGGAACAAUAGUCUGCUCCUCACUUUGGAGUGAAUUCGUUGCAUGUGAGCAGGUUGAUGAGCAUUGCAAUCAGCUCACACGGCAGGAAGGACCUAAUUCUGGAACAAACCACAGACAAGAAAAGGAAAUAUUUGAAAUCAGCGCCAAGCGAGCUGCUGUUUUUAUUGUAGUAGCUUCGGUUUUCCUUCUCCUCCUGUUCUACUUAAUGUCGUCUUGGGUCACCUGGGUGCUGAUCGUGUUCUUCUGCAUUGGUGGUAUUGAGGGUAUGCAUAGUUGCUUGGUGACAAUAUUCUCUAGGAUUUUCAAGGAGUGGGGACAAAAAACUGUAGAAGUCCCCUUUCUUGGGGAAGUCUUGACCUUGUCUGUUGGAAUACUACCGUUUUGUACGGUCUUUGCCAUUCUAUGGGUCGUUUAUCGGCGUUCUUCAUUUGCUUGGAUAGGCCAAGACAUCCUUGGUAUCUGCUUGAUGAUAAGAGUGCUUCAGAUGGCGCGCUUACCUAAUAUCAGGGUUGCAUCAGCUCUUCUUAGUGCUGCAUUUGUGUAUGACAUCUUCUGGGUCUUCAUUUCUCCUCUUAUAUUCCAUGAGAGUGUCAUGAUUGCAGUUGCUACUGGUGACAGCUCAGGGGAAGCAAUUCCAAUGCUCCUAAGGAUACCUCGUUUCUUUGAUCCAUGGGGUGGCUAUGACAUGAUUGGCUUUGGUGACAUAAUUUUACCUGGAUUGCUUGUUGCAUUCAGCUACAGAUUUGACAGGGCAGGCAAAAAGGGUAUCUUAAAUGGAUAUUUCCUGUGGUUGACGGUGGGAUAUGCGGUUGGCCUUUUCCUUACCUAUCUUGCGCUCUUCCUAAUGGACGGGCACGGUCAACCAGCGUUGCUAUACCUAGUUCCAUGUACAUUAGGGCUUAUUGUUGUGCUUGGUUGGAUAAGAGGUGAACUGCCUGACUUGUGGAACUACGGGAGAAGAUCGGAGAAUUUAGUCGAACAAGUUUGAAAUAGUAUUAGUAAUGUGACACAGUUUGUACUCAAAAGUUAUGCUGAGAGACAUCCUUUUGAUAUAAUUAAUGGAUGGGAUAUGAACAUGAAAUACUCUAUACUGUGUCUUCAUGAGAAGUGUAUGAUUUUUCUGUUUUAGAGAAUGCAUCCAAAUUUUUGUGCAA